UUCAUUGUGUAUAUAUACCACAUCUUCUUUAUCCAUUCAUCUAUCAAUGGACAGAUGUUGCUUCCAUAAUUUGGCUAUUGUAAAUAAUGCUGCAAUAAACAUAGGGUGCAUAUAUCUUUCGAAUUAGGGUUUUCCUAUUCUCUCGGUGAAUACCUGGUAGUGGAAUUACUGGAUCAUAUGGUAAUUCUGUUUUUAUACUGAUACCUUUCUUAAAGUUCAAAUUUUGGUGAUGGAGAGGUAAAAUAGUUACCGGUCUUGUACAUGAUUACAAAUACCUUUGUUGCUGGGAUAUUUUGUUUUUGAAAUUUUCUUUAAACCAAUAGCCACACCUAGGGUGCCUGGUUGGCUCAGUUGGUUAAGCAUCUGCCUUCAGCUCAGGUCACAAUCCCAGGGUCCUGGGAUCAAGCCCUGCAUUGGGCUCCCUGCUCAGUGGGGAGUCUCUUUCUCCCUCUCCUCCCCCUCUUGCUAUCUCUGUCACUAUCUCUGUCUCUCGCAAGUAAAUAAAAUCUUAAAAAACCCAAUAGCUACACCUCAUAUGAUGCACACGUACUUAAUAUUUUGGCAGAUGUCUUUUUACAGUGAUGUAGGCAAAGGAUUAAGAAUGUGUGACUUAUAAUUAAAAGCACUUAACCAAGAGGGGAUAACUAUGGAGGAUAGAGAUCAUUUUAUACUUAUCUCUGCAGACAUCUGCAUAUCUAGUUUGACUCUUCACCAAGAUAAAGGCAGUGGGAAUAUAACGUGCUCCUUAAUGUCUUAAGUUCUCCCAAGGUUGAUUUCUUUCCUGAUGGCUUUCACCUGGCUCAUGUCAUGGAACCAGGGGCCUUAAAGUUCCUGCUGAGAACUUAUGCUUCCGGCUCUCCUAAAGUCAAGCUGCAUCAUCACACAGAUCUUAGUGGUUCAAUCCAUACACGAGGCAUGUCUGGUUGUGAAUAAGGAUCCUGAGGCUCUUCUGCCCAGAUAUGUCUUUAAGCCUCAAUGCUGGAAUGCUCUUUAUCCAACUGUAUCCUAUACUCUGCAUUUAAAUAAAAGCCCUAAGGAGAGUGCUCUCAGAGCCUCACAAUUCCAAAGAUAGGUGUGAUAUCUCUAUAGGUAUAAUCAUAGUUAAAGAAAUGAAAGUAUAUAGAAAUGUAUAUGUGUGUAGAUCUCCUAGCCUCCCCCAACUCUGACAAUCAAUGACUUACCAGUAGAAGAGAGCACAACUGGUGCUCAAUUGUUUAUUUACAAAUACCAUUUUCUAAUGAACCAGAAUCCUUGGAGAAGCUGAUUCCAAGCUGGGACAGAAAAGGUGCAACAUGUGCCUGAAAAUAUUCUUGCAUUUGGAAACAAGGACAUUCUCAAAGAAUUUUCACACACACACACACACACAGGCUGUAGCUCAGGUGUACCCAUCACCCAAAUCUGGGACAAAUUUAGCAUCAAAUUAAAUAUUGGUAGUAAUUAUAAACCAUUGACUCUAUUAAGAAUCAGAGUCCAAUUUCUUUCUCAGGCAGUGAUUAAUAAAAGGUCCCGGUUUCCUUCCUGCACUCCAAAACUAGAAAAUGAAGCAAAAUAUAUGAUUCAGUUUAAGAUGUCUCCAAAACUCCCCUCAGGUUCAGUAUUUCACUAGAAGAAUGCACAGAACUCAGCAAUGUUGUUAUGUUCAUGGUUACAGUGUAUUACAGCAAAAGAUUCAGAUUAAAACCAGCAAUAGAAGAAGGCGCAUAGGGCAGGGUCUAGGAGAGACCAGCCACUGACCUUCUAGUUGUCCUGUCCAGUGGAGUCAUGUGGACGGCACUGAUUUCCCUCAGCAACUAUGUAUGACAAUACACAUGGAGUGUUGCCUACCAGGGAAGCUCACGCAAGCGUUGGUGUCCAGAAUUUUCAUCGAGGGUUGGUAAUGCAGACAAGUCUGCCCUUGUUGCUGACCUUAGUCUCUAGCUCCUCUGGAGGUAGAGCUGAUACCUGUGGGCCAAGUUACCACCCAUGUGGUCAUGUGAUCAUAGGAUCCAGGAGCUCCACAUGUGUUUCCAAAAUUGGCCCUAGGGGAAAAGAGGCUACCUGCUUGUGAAUACAAAGAGUACCUCCUUGGAUUCCCCUGGUAGCAUAUUCCGGCAGAAAUCAUUUCCAUGUUAUUAGGGAACACUUGGCACUGCCUUCCUUAUUAGAGUGUUUCUCUAACAUCACCUGAAUCAUUAUGGGUAUUUCAGGUGUCAGAAUUACUUUAUGUUUUUCACUCAUGAGCAGUUUCAUAUCCCAAUAGCCAGCUAGUAAUUGUAUCUUAAAUGGAAAUUUUCUGGUCCAACAUCUUAGCAAUUCCCCCUGGGUAGCAUUCAGAGGCUUUUGCCAUAGGUAGGCCCCAGUCUGGAUUCCACAUAAGUCUAUCAUAGGAAGAAUCAUAGAGCUAUUGUAUGCUCUCAGCAGCGCUCCAGCUUCUUCCAUGCCAUUAAAGUGAUAAUCUCUUUGUCCACCAGCUAUUUAUCUUAACCUGUAUGGGCUCAGGUAAUCUUACUGGUACUCAUUUGGCAUGUGCUACCUAUAUUGUUUGAAGGGCAAAUUUACAUGCUUCCAUUUUAUAGUACCAAAUAAGGGAAGGUAGGAGUCAUUGUUCCCACAUGGAUAUUUCAUUGUCCCAGCACCAAUUAUUGAAAAAAAAAAUUCUGUACCUACUGCACUUCAGUAUAGUCUUUUUCACAAGCAAAUGGCGGUAUAGGGAUAUUAUUUUAUUCUAUUUCUCUAUUUGUCUAUCUGUGCCACAAGCUGUCGCAAUCUGCGUAGUCUUACAAUGAAAUGGUGCGAUGUGGUUGGGUAAAGCCUACUAAUUUUUUCUUCUUCCAAAUUGUCUUGACAGUUUUUGGCCUUUUGAUGUCCCUAUAAUUUGAGUCAGUUUGUCAAUUUUCUUCUCUUUCUCACGCAUGCACACAGACACACACACAGAGACACACAACUUGUUGGAUUUUCCUUGGGAUUGCGCUGAAUUUAUAAAGCAAUUUGGAAAGUCCUUGAAACCACCAUGAAACACAAGUAUAUUACAUUUUGAAGUGUUUGUUCAGAGUGUAUUCCUCCCACUCUAUUGGGUUGUGUCUUAUUAAGCUGUGUUCUAAAACUUGUAAAUUUCCUUGUGAAAUUUUUGAACAAAUCUAUAAUGUACAAAUUUUAGGUCCAUAUUCACUCUGACACACUUCUCACCUAUUCACAUCUACCUCCCCAACUGGAAAGAACGGAACAACACUGCUGCCAAUUCCUGAAGGAAAAAAAUCACUUUCCUGCAAGAUGAGAUCAUUGGGUUCAGACAACCCUUUAUUUCAGGGUUCAGAUUCUCCCCUUGCAUAUUUGCUCCAGCUGAAAAUGGCAAUGUGUGUUUGGUACCAAAAAUACCAUCAGUUAAGUUGCACUAUGUUUGGGAUGAUGUCAGACUCCUAAAAGGAAUUAAGUACAUCUGAGAUAUGGAGUAAGAAAUAUACGGAUAAAAGUGUUCCUCGAUAGAUGCAACACAAUCACUAUACAGGCAAGAGAAGUUCAGUGUGGAACCAGAGGCUGACCGUGUCACAGAGCACUUCAUUCGGGAUGGCUUACCAUCCCUUGUCCUUCUUCAAUGUCAUGGACCUGUAUGGGGUGUGAAAGAGGAAACCACAGGCUCCAAAUGGAGUAGCUUCUGCUCCAUCAUGUCACCACACCAGGGCAUAAUACCUAAGCCCAGUGCACUUUCAACCUCCCCCAGAAAUGUAGUUUCCGAGCUCAGUCAGGGAUUUUCUGGUCAGCACCAAAAAGGGAAUUUGCCACAGCGAUAGGCCCUCUCCAUCCUCCAAAGAAAGAGAUUAGGUAUUUUCCUAAUAAGACUCUUUUGUCCCCACCAUAAGGUGACCUCAUCUGACAUAAUCCUUUUUUCUGUUUAUGAUAUUCUUGUCCUAACUAUAAAAACCUUUCCUUUUCUGUAGCGCUUUGGAGCUGCCCUCGAAUUGCUAGGUAGGAUGCUGCCCAAUUCACAAGUCGAUGGAUAAAGCUAUCAGACCUUUACAAUGUACCUUUACAAUAAUAUACUGCUGCUUAACAGGGAGUUUUUUGUAUUCUUCCUAACCAAGUCCAAAACACUCUAAUGUUUCAGGGUGCAAAUAUUUGAGGAGCAACAUCUUUCCACCUAUGCACAGACCCAUUUCUUUCUGAAGUGCUGUACGAAAUGAUAUGUCAUUGACCUUAGUAAAAGGAUUUCAGAGCAUCUAAAAUAAUGGAUUUCUUUGGAAGCUAACUGACCCUCAUGGAAUCUAAAAGUAUGGCUCUUCUCUGCCUUUAACAAGGAACUAAGCCGGUCCCUCUGGGUAGGAGCAGCAUCUUUCAGCAGCCCUCAGGGUGCCACGUGACCAAAGGUCAGGCACUCGCGGGUGGAGGGGGUUGGAGGACCCCGUUUCUGAGACCAAUAGAGCUCUGCGAGCCACACCCCCCGGAAGAGCCUCUGUACCAGGACGUAGCGCGGAGCCAAUGAGGGAACAGGACACGGCCUUCCUAGGCGAGCGCAUCCGCUGGGGGCGGGACUUCCGCCCUCAUCCCCCGCUGGCGGUCUUUUAACCUCAGGUUAGGUCUGUUUAUCCCUUAAGGUUCCGGACCGGAGUGACUGAUGGUGAGGACGCGAGGGGAGGCGCUGUCCUCGCCGCACACCGUUGAGUCCCCGUGUCCGUUCCCCUCCGGCCCCGUUGCCGGCCCACAGAGUCCGAUGGCGGCGGCCGCGCCCACGGACCCGGCUCAGUGUGGUGUGACCUUUGAGGACGUUGCCGUGUACUUCUCCUGGAAGGAAUGGAGGCUUCUUGAUGAGGCUCAGAUACGGCUGUACCACCGUGUGAUGCUGGAGAACUUUACACUUGUAUCCUCACUGGGUUGCUGCUGUGGAGCAGAGGAUGAGGAGGCACCCUUUGCACAGAGCGCUUCUGUAGGCGCGUCACAGGCCGGGACGCCCACGGCAGCUGUGUCUUCCCGGAAGACCCACCCCUGUGAGAUGUGUGGUCCAGUCUUAAGAGACAUUUUCCACUUGGCUGAGCACCAGGGAAAAGGAAGCAGCCAGAAACUGUUGAGGUGUGGGGCAUGUGGGAAACGAUUUUAUUUCAGUGCGAAGUCUCAGCAGCAGCAGGAGGAGCACACAGAAGAGAAACCAUUUAGAAGCAGUGUCAAUAGGGCCUCUUUUGUGAAGAGCUGGGGAUUCCAUGAUUCAGGAAAGCUCUUUACCCGUGGAGAGGUUCAGAAGGACCUCCAGCCUGGCUUGGGACAUCUAGAGCAAGAGGCCACACAUACUGGGGAGAAGCUAAAGGAAAUCACCCAGUUAGGGACAACUUUACAAAGCAGAAAAAGUCAUGGUACUUGGGGAGAAUGCAAGAACACCUUUGGUCCCAAACACACACCUAUUCAGGACCAGGGUGUCCACCUUGGAAGACAGUCCUUUGUGUGCAGUGAAUGUGGGAAAUCUUUUAGCACUCUUACUGCUCUCCAUUAUCACCACAGAGUUCACACGGGAGAAAGGCUUUAUGAGUGCAGUGAGUGUGGCAAAUCCUUUACCCGAAGACAUAGACUCAAUAUGCACCUAAAGGUACACUCAGGUGAAAGGCCUUAUGAGUGUAAUGAAUGUGGGAAGUCCUUUAUUUGUAGGUAUGAACUCCAUUAUCAUCAGAGAAGUCACUCUGGAGAAAAACCUUUUGAGUGCAGUGAAUGUGGGAAAUCUUUUACCUAUCGCUCUGCCCUCAGUUAUCACCAGAGAUCCCACAGAGGAGAAAGGCCUUAUGAAUGCAGUGAAUGUGGGAAAUCUUUUACUUCUAGCUCUGCACUCAGGUAUCAUCACAGAGGUCACACAGGAGAAAGGCCUUAUGAGUGCAGUGAAUGUGGGAAAUCCUUUAGACAAAAACAUUCCCUCUCAAUACACCAGAAAAUUCAUAGUAGAGGAAACCCUUACAAAUGCAACAAAUGUGGGAAAUCUUUUUCUUGUAGUUCCAGCUUCCGUUAUCAUGAGAGAGUUCACACAGGAGAAAGGCCUUAUGAAUGCAGUGAGUGUGGAAAGUCUUUUAUAAGUAGUACUGCCCUCCAUUAUCAUCACAGAGUUCACACUGGAGAAAGGCCUCAUGAGUGCAGUGAUUGUGGGAAAUCUUUUAGCACUCAUAGUGCUCUUCAAUAUCACCACAGAGUUCACACGGGAGAAAGGCCUCAUGAGUGCAGUGAGUGUGGCAAAUCCUUUACCCGAAGAAAUAGCCUCAGUAUGCACCUAAAGGUUCAUUCAAGUGAAAGGUUUUAUGAGUGUAAUGAAUGUGGAAAGUCCUUUAUUUGUAGGUAUGAACUCCAUUAUCAUCAGAGAAGUCACUCUGGAGAAGAACCUUUUGAGUGCAGUGAAUGUGGGAAAUCCUUUAGACAAAAACAUUCCCUCUCAAUACACCAGAGAAUUCAUAAUGGAGGAAGCCCUUACAAAUGCAACAAAUGUGGGAAAUCUUUUACUUUUAGUUCCAGCUUCCAUUAUCAUCAGAGAAUUCACACAGGAGAAAGGCCUUAUGAAUGCAGCGAGUGUGGAAAGUCUUUUGUAAGUAGUACUGCCCUCCAUUAUCAUCACAGAGUUCACACUGGAGAAAGGCCUCAUGAGUGCAGUGAAUGUGGGAAAUCUUUUAUCACUCGUACUGCUCUCUCUUAUCAUCACAGGGUUCACACUGGAGAACGACCUUAUGAGUGCAGUAAAUGUGGGAAGUCUUUUAGGGGAAAAUCUAACCUCUCUCAACAUUGGAGAGUUCACACUAGAGAAAGGCAUGGUUGUAUAAUGAAUAUGCAAUUUCCUUAUUCAGUGUAAUGCCACUGGUGGAAACUCUUUGAGGAGCCAUUUGCCUGAUUUGAAUCUUUUAUAGUGGGGAGAUUCCUUAUAAUUUAUGUUGAAGUAUGUGUGGCUAUGUUGCAUUUUCUAAAUUGUCCAAAGAUCUCUCUAGAUUUAUGUAACUGACAGUUUUGUGACCCUUUCACCUCUGCUGACUGGUAGGUCCACACAGUGCGCAUCAGUCUUCACCCCGGUGCACUCAGAGAAGCUGACCUCUGUUCUCUUGAAUUGGAGCAGAUUAGCAGUAGCCUGUGGUCUUAGGAGUCAGCUUCCCCUUCUCCUUGAAUACCUUCAGGACAUGGACCUAAAUCGGUGAUGACCCAGAGAACAUCAUGAAUUUGGCUGGCAGCUUACAGAAAAUGACUACCUUUUUCAGGAACAUGUUGGUCUCGUGUGAUACUUGUGCUGAGUUUUUCCAGCUUCCAAGUGACAAACUGGAGAACCAUCUGUUCCACAUUGAUUUGGCUAACAUGAUAUUCAAGGCCUUACUGUUUAAGUCCUCUUUAAUCUUGAAUGUUCUACUUACUGUGUGGGGUAGUUUAUAAAAAGAUUUGGGCUCACCAAGCAUCAAAGGGUGAACUUUUUUUAAGAGUCUCAAAUUAUCUGUGCCUGAAGAGGGAGAGGAUGAUGGCAGGAAAUAGCUUGCCAGUUUUAUCUUGUUUUGUUUUUUAAGUAAACUCGAUGUCCAACUUGGGGCUCAAAGGCAAAACCCCACCAUCAAGAAUCACAAGCUCUACUGACUGAGCCAGCCAGGCGUCCCAGUAGCCUCCCAGUUUGGACUAAAUUUGCACUGCUGCCUCACAGCCUCCUAGGAAAAACUGUGGGGCUUUCUGGUUUUCACUUGAGGCCUGGAUGACAUGUGUUUUAGGGGCCUCAGUGAUGACCCCCAGGAGGGGGCAGGUGUGGGACUCUUAGUGCUUCUGAAAGCAACAUGAGUUUUUUCCCUUACUCAAAGGAGGUAUCACAGGGGACGUCAGCACUGUUGAGGGGAUAUUUUCUCAUGUAUACUAAUAGCCAUGAGCUUUGAUGUCCACAAUUUACUGGGUGAGGAUCACUGGUUGUAAUACCGUAGGGGUUAAGGGAAAGCAUAAUUGGUACAGAAACACUGGCUUAAUAGGAAAGGGAGGAGACUGCAGCCAACUGGAUGGAAUGUGCCUCUUCUACAGAUGCAUCUGGACAAGUUUCUGUGACAGUGACUCUGCAGGACCAGUGUGUACACAAAUCUCAGGAGGUCUGUAGCUGAAGUCAUUGUCAAAUAAAAUAAUUGAAAGAUAUUGGUGAUUCCUUUAGCCCCUCAGUGUUUUCUACCUCAAGGCCAUUACUGCACAGAGAGGAAAACAAAAUGUUGAAAGGGGUAGGGGGAAUCUAUAGUUUGUUGAUAUGGCACUUAAGACCCAGGCGGUGUUCCAGUUAACUCCAGUGGAGAUGUCCUUCAUUGCUCCCUAUAUUUGCAGAUGGAGGUAAGACUAACGCCCAGAGGACAUGGGAACAGGUGGUACUGUCAGUUUAGAGUUGCCAAACCUAUUUUUAUUUUGAGCCAAUUUUUAAAAUUGUAGAAAGGUUUAAUUUACAGAUGCUAAUAAGCUGCAUAUAAUUAAGAGUGUACAAUUUGUAAGUUUUGAUAAGGAUAUGAAUCUCUGACCCCAUCAUAAUCCUGAUAAUGACCAGAUAUGUCAUGGCAUAUAUACCUCCUGCCCUUUUAUAACCUCUCCUUACCCUACCCACCUCUCCAGGUAACUAUCGCACUUUGUUUUACAAUGGAAACCAUCAUUUUUAUUUACAUGUUUGGAAUCAAACUGUUUACUCUUUUUUUUCCCCCGAUUUCCUUUGUGUUUCAUAAUUACUUUGACUUUCAUCAGUGACAUUAUACAAGUAGCUUACUUUUCUGUCUAGAUAACACCCUUAUGUUUGCAUAUACCGCUUUUACUUUAUUCAUCUUUUUUUGGGCUUUUAGGUUAUUUCUAGAUUUUUGCCUGUUGAAAAUAAAGCGGGGGCGCCUGGGUGGCACAGUCGUUAAGCAUCUGCCUUCGGCUCAGGGUGUGA